UGCUCGGUGCCUCCGGAAAGCGAGAAAGCGUUCCAAGAGCUUCUAGAGCGAGAAGGAAGGGAAAGAGAGACAGAGAGACCGCGCGCUUGCGGUACGAUGUUCCUGCGGCGGAUCUUGACGGGCGGGAUGGGGGCGGUGGCGAUGGCGAAGGUGAAGGAGACGACGGGGAUCGUGGGGCUGGAGGUGGUGCCGAACGCGCGGGAGGUGCUGAUAUCGCUGUACAAGCGGACGCUCAAGGAGAUUCAGGCCGUGCCGGAGAACGAGGGCUACCGGAAGGCCGUCGAGAGCUUCACCCGCCACCGCCUCCAGGUCUGCCAGGAUGAGGAGGACUGGGAGAUGAUCGAGAAGCGCAUUGGUUGCGGCCAGGUCGAGGAGCUCAUCGAGGAGGCCCAGGACGAGCUCAAGCUCAUAGACAAGAUGAUCGAAUGGGAUCCGUGGGGUGUUCCAGAUGAUUACGAAUGUGAAGUCAUUGAGGACGAUACUCCAAUUCCGAAACAUGUUCCUCAACACCGACCUGCUCCACUUCCAGAAGAGUUCUACAAGACGCUGGAGGCGGUAAUGUCGAAACCUGCUCCAAAGGAUGAACCUUCCACUCAAUCGAAGGCUUAAAAUUAUGAUGUUGUUUGGCUUGAACAAAUUUUCAUAUUUGGAGCUAUUGUCAUGCCUCUUGGUUGCUGGCUUGCUGCUGUGGCUUUUAUGUCAAUGUUUGUCAUGGAUAAACUGGCUUCCUCUUAUGGGAAAAAUAAUGAUAAGAAAUACCUGCUGCUGAUGUAUCUUUAACUGAUGAAACUUCAUUGCCUUAAAUUUUUAUUGCCAUGGGUUGAAAAUUUA